UUUUCCAUUUUUUAUAAAUAAUUUUCAUUUUAAACGAAAAAAUUUUAUCUCGAACUUCGAUCCCUUUUAUUAUAACGUAUUUCUCGCUCAUAAAUAAAAAAAAUCUACGUGUUAGUCCUUUUUGUAUAUGAUUGUGUAUGCGCGAGUGUAUGAGUGAAAAUUAUUAUAAGAAAUUUCAAUGAUUAGCUCUUUGCUAAUUAAAUUUUAUCAAUCUUCUUAAUUAAAAUUUAAAUCAUAAUAGUAUAUCUAGUGUUAAAGGAAAAGCUUUCUUUCAAAACAUCAAUUACUUUAAGAAUAUAUGACAAAUAAAAAUUUGAUAUAAAAUAAUGAAUAUGAUAGGAAUGAGAAUGAACGCAUUUAAUGAUACUGGACUCGGAGAACCCGAACAAGAUGCAAAUAGUGCACUUAUUGAAUUAGACAAAGGUUUACGAUCUAACAAAAUAGGUGAACAAUGCGAAGCAAUAGUUCGUUUUCCUCGAUUAUUUGAAAAAUAUCCAUUCCCGAUAUUGAUAAAUUCAUCUUUGCUCAAACUAGCAGAAGUAUUUCGCAUGGGUAGUAAUUUUUUAAGAGUAUGGGUACUUAGAGUAUGUCAACAAAGUGAAAAACAUUUGGAUAAAAUAUUAAACGUGGAUGAAUUUGUCAGACGUAUCUACAGUGUAAUUCAUUCGAAUGAUCCUGUUGCUAGAGCUCUAACCUUACGUACCUUAGGUAGUGUUGCAGGUAUAAUACCUGAAAGGCAACAGGUUCAUCAUAGUAUAAGGAGAUCUUUGGAUUCACAUGAUUCGGUCGAAGUAGAAGCUGCUAUAUAUGCCGCUCAAAUGUUUGCAGCACAAUCAAAAUUAUUUGCUGUAUCUAUGUGUAGUAAAAUCUCUGAUAUGAUAAGAGGUCAAGCAACGCCAGCCUCUAUGAAAUUACAACUUAUACCUAUUCUGCAAUAUAUGCACCAUGACACAUUUACUGCAUCAAUGGUAAAUGAAUUGUGUAUGGAACUUCUUGCUAGUUAUCCAGCGAUUGAAUUUGUAAGAGUAACAUUGAGCGCAUUAAGCACAUUAGCUUCUGCCACGUUAAUAGAUAUUCCAGAACAAGUUGUAUUGCUCUUACGAUAUCUUCAAGACGAUCCUCGGUUAUCUAUUAAACGUCAUGCUUUACAUUUACUCCAUACACUUGCAAGACGUGGCGCACAUUUGUGGCCACAAGGUGCUCUCAAUAAUUUGAUUGAAAGUACUACAAAAUUAUUACAAGAUGGUACUGGAAAUACAGAUCUAUUGAUUCGCACGUUAGAUGUAAUAGAGGUACUGAGUCAAAGCGCUAUUACUUGCGACGCUAAUAUGGACGAAGGGAGUCCUCUUUUAUCUCUUUGUGUAAAUGCUUGUUAUUCUCCAGAUCCUUUUGUUGCUGUCAAAGCUGUAACAAUACUCGCAAGAGUUGUAUGUUAUUGCUACGAAGAGGGAUUACCUACGUAUGCCACCCAGGAUCUUGUAUCUUGUUUGGAAUCAUUGAUUAUAUUAUUAGCUUUAGAUGACAAGCAUUUGCAUCAACUAAAAGCUUGUUUACGUUCAACGGUAAAAUUAUGCCAUGCACAGUCGAAUCAUUGUUCCGUUUUUGUCGAUGCUAUUGGAUCUACACUUAUUAGCACUAGUGCGGAAAAUGGGCAAAGUGAAAAACAAGCUGUUGCAUUAUGCGAAGCUUUGGGAGCAAUUGGAAGUUUAGGAGAAAAUAUAUUACUCCCACUUUUACCAGAUGUAUUAAUAAAACUAAAACAAACUUCGCACAUGCAUACUAAGGUAAUGUUAUGCACAUUACUUUUCCAAAUGAUAGCAGGUGGAUACGAGUGGAAUACCGAGUGUUCGAAAGCUAUAGAAGAAACGACAAAAAGUGUGGAUGGUUGGGCUAAAUAUCGAAUUGCAAGAGGUGCUGCUAGAUACGGUCAUCACGCAGUUGCAACGCAAAUAUUUAAGAGUUUAAAGGAAGCCGUUGCAUCCGAACAACUUCACUUUUGGUUAUCAGGAUUGGAAUUGGUUACCAAAGCAGAAAGCUUUCUCAUGGACAACGUCGACGCAAUUGAUACUUCGAAAAAAGUGGAUAUAGUUGAAAAAUUAAACGCGGCAAUUGCACACUAUGCAAGUGCUUGCGCAUCAUUAAAAGCUGCUAGUACACCAUUACGUAGUCUACAAUUUGCCAGUGAAUAUGCAAAAUUACGUUGCGAAUUUUUACAAGCUGUGGUACAACUUUUACAUUCCUGCAGAUCGUUAUGUACUGCCCCACCACCUGCUAUCGCGUGCACCGUAGUUCUUGCGACAAAAGAUGAUCUUCAGCGAUACGGACGUGUAACGCAACAGCUAAGAAAAUCCGUUCAAGAAUUAAAAAUGUGCGCUGAAAAUUAUCAGAAAUUAUAUCAAUCUGCUUUCGAUGCAGAUCCUGGUUCCUUGGCGAAUAUAAGAGCUUUACAAGAAAUGUGCUGUUUAAUGGGAAACAGCGUGGAACGAGUUUGCGGAGGUUCUACUAUAUGUAUGUAUCAACAGAACGAAGUAAAUUUUGAUUUUGGAGGAACGGUAGAAAUGCGUCAGUUAGCUCGUUAUUGUACGGAAUUACGUCGUCUUGCACCACCAUGGGUUGGUGAAGGGAAGGCAAGUGGUAUCAGUCACGUAAGAAUCGGAUGUAUAAUUUCACAAGUUAUGUUAUUUGGUGCUGGAAACAUGAGGCUACCCAUUCCACGUUACUUUUUCCAAGCUUUGCAAGCUACGAGCGUUAAACUCUCGGUAUCACCGCAACCUCGAGUACUCGGUGAACCAGUUUCUGUACCUCAGGGCAGUCAAUUAGCAUUAAAGGUCGAAGGUGUAUUGAGGCACGGUCGACGUGCAUCAUUGUAUCGUUCGGUAUCAGCUGUGUGCAUAUCUAUAUCUACUACACCCCCCUCCAAGAUCAAUUCGGAUCAAAAGGAUACAAACAUGAACGAGUUGCAUCAAACGGUAACACCCCAUCGGGAUUUCUUCGCUUGCGAAUUUUUACUUUCCCUUGGAAGUGUUGCAACCUCGACUGCGGGAUGUGCGAGUACAUCGACUAAUUCCGGCAAUUCGGCGUCCGGUGGUGGUGGUCAAUAUCAAGUAACUGCAAGUGCAAGUAUACUCGACAAAGAUGGUAACGUUUGGAAAUGCGGACCACGUUCUACCCUUCAAGUGCGAGUACACGAAGAACCUAUGAAGAGAAAAUUACCUUAAUGAUAUUUUUAAUCAUUAUGAAUUACAAAGUAAAUUAUAUAAUAUUUACAAUUUUA